CGGAGGAGAAGGAGAUCUCCAGGGGGGAAACAAACGUAACUUCUGUUGCAUCUGGCCCGCAGCCCUCCGACCAGCCCAGUCCGCAGCAGCUCCUCACGGGAAGCCUGCAUGAGCCAGAAAGCAGAAGCUGUCUGAGUUGAGAGCAAAGCAGUCAGUCGCAGCAUGGCCGGGGGCUCGGUGUCUGAGUGCAAGGAGUACUUGUUCAAAGUGCUGGUCAUCGGGGAACUGGGCGUCGGGAAAACCAGCAUCAUCAAACGCUACGUGCACCAGCUUUUCUCUCAGCACUACAGGGCGACGAUCGGGGUCGACUUUGCGCUCAAAGUCAUCAACUGGGACAGCAAGACGCUGGUCAGGUUGCAGCUGUGGGACAUCGCAGGUCAGGAGCGAUUUGGGAACAUGACGCGAGUGUACUACAAAGAGGCCGUGGGGGCAUUCGUGGUGUUCGACGUGACGCGGGGUUCCACGUUCGAGGCCGUGUCUAAGUGGAAGCACGACCUGGACAGCAAGGUGAAGCUGGCUAAUGGCAGCCCCAUCCCCUCAGUGCUGCUCGCCAAUAAAUGUGACCAGAAGAAAGAGAGCUCCAACAACACAGCCCUAAUGGACAAUUUCUGCAAAGAGACCGGCUUCCUGGGCUGGUUUGAAACCUCGGCUAAGGACAACAUCAACGUGGAUGAGGCGGCGCGUUUCCUGGUAGAGAACAUCUUGGCUAACGACAAAGGUUUGCCAUAUGAGGAGAGCAACGGAGACCGGAUCAAACUGGACCAGGAGACUGUGGCGGCUGAGAGCAAGUCGGGCUGCUGCUAACAGUCCAUUCACAUGAGCCAUCAGCCUCCCUGUGGCAGGGUCCUACCCGUUCACCUAGCCCGUGGCUCUCAGCCCUCUACUGCAGCCUCUCGGAGGAACAGGAAUAUUUGGGGGGUCUUCAGAGCUCCAGGAUCUUCUCCCCUCAGCGCUGAUGCCCAUUUGACCUGCACAACCAAGUUUCUUGUUGUCCCAAGGCCAGAAUAGAAAAUUUUAUCUUGAUGUUGUCGCAGAUGUUGGUUCCGCCUCUGCCAGGCUGUGUCCAACACCUCUAAAGCACAGGAUCUUUAAUUAUCAUCCCCCUGCAUAUUUCCCCGAUUGUGUCUCAGCCCAGCCCUGACUGAACCCUGCUGCUGUUGUCCAGACAGCCCCAGAAGCCCUGGACUAAACCACUCCUAUCUGUGAAACAAGGCGCUUCAUAGCCAAGUGUGACUGGAGUAUUUCCUCACUUAACAAUCCCCUUUACAUAAUAUUUUUUACAGCACACUCAUGUUUGUGUUUCCAGCUCCUCUGUCGACUACUGUGUAAAAAGUAAGCAAACAAGCUAAACACGAUCAAAGUGUUGUGUCGUAUGUCAUAUUGUGUGUCAAAUUCUCUCGGAAAUAAUGUGCCUUAAUACAGUUUUUCUUAUGUCAGUUCGAGGGAAACGCUUUUCGUUGUUCACUCAAACAUUUACAAGGACACAGAUGGACAAUCUCAAAACUCUAAGAACGGUACAUAUGAGACACUGAGAAAUUUUUGUCUUUCCACCGGUAUGAAAAUGUAGAUCUGAUUUACAGGAUGUGUUUUUUUUUAUAACGUGUUGGGAUGUGUGUUAUACAACUGUUGAGAUUUCAUAAAAACAGAAUUUGACAUAGUACUGCACUCUUCUUGUACAUAGGGACGGUGAUCUGUUAAAGUGUACGUAUGAAGUAAGAAGGAUUUUUUUUUUUAACAUGGAGUUGAGAUUAAGUUUACGUGUGAAAAUACUUUAAAUCUACAGGACCAAAAUAGAAUAAACAUUUUAAGAGA